AUGCUGUUGAUGGCGUGAUGAAUGGUGAAUACUACCAGGAGAGUAAUGGUCCAACAGACAGUUAUGCAGCUAUUUCAGAAGUGGAUCGAUUGCAGUCAGAGCCUGAAAGUAUCCGUAAGUGGAGAGAAGAGCAAACGGAGCGCUUGGAAGCCCUUGAUGCCAAUUCUCGGAAGCAGGAAGCAGAGUGGAAAGAAAAGGCAAUAAAGGAGCUGGAAGAAUGGUAUGCGAGACAGGAUGAACAGCUACAGAAAACAAAAGCAAACAACAGGGCAGCAGAAGAAGCCUUUGUAAACGACAUCGAUGAGUCAUCCCCAGGCACUGAAUGGGAGCGGGUGGCCCGCCUGUGUGACUUUAACCCUAAGUCCAGCAAACAGGCCAAAGAUGUCUCUCGCAUGCGCUCAGUCCUCAUCUCCCUGAAGCAGGCCCCCCUGGUGCAUUGAAGAGCUACCCUGUGGAAACACUACGUCUGCAAUAUCUUAAUCCUACUCAGUGAAGCUGUUCACGUAAUUGGAUUAAUUAUGUUGAGUUCUUUUGGACCAAACCUUUUGUCUUUAGAGUUGAUCAUUGUUUGUGAUUGCAUGUUUCCUUCAACUGUGUUCUCCCUGGCAUUCAGAGAAGAUAGGGGAGGAGGAGGGGAGGGAUGCUCCCAACAGUAGCCUCAACCCGUGCUUUUGUGCAUUAUUCUGAGAAUAAAUUUCUGUUUUAAACAAUA